GCACAGUUUCGUCUUCUAAUUCGCGAUUUUUCCCUCACCGUGCAAAGCGGGGAUAAUCGUCGAACCGUCGUUCGAUCAUCGUCGCCGAGAUAUCUGUUGUAGAACGCUAUCGAGGAGUAUGAAUAGUGGAAAUUUCUGGAUGGCCAGUGACACGAUCGGUGACGCGAUGGUCAACGAAACGGGGGAGAAAAAUUAGGCGAAGAAUCAGAAAAUACUGAAGUGUUCGGGAUGUGUUCAGAGUGCGAAUAGUUUCGCAUCGGUACAAAAUCGUGGAAAAAAUCAUCUGCCGUAGGAGGCGAAUAAGCGAAUAACGUUCAUUUCAGUUUCAUUAUUUGAACUUAUUCUUAAUCCUUUUGCUUUAAACGAGAAAAGGGUGAAUUGAAUCAAGAUUAAAAUCAAUUUACUUAAAAAUUGAUAGAAAUAAACGCGAAGAAGGUGUCUCAGCAUUUUGAAAUCGGUGGCGCGAAACCGAGCGCGGCCGAGCAGGCACGGGACUAACCGACGACAUUCGAAGUGCAUCAUUUCGCGCCGGUCGACGUGCUGGAGUGUCGUUGCCUGAAUCGCGAUCUUCUGCGUGCGGAGGAGGGGAGAUCGGGGGACAAUUCGACCCGGGAUCGGUUUGGGAGGCGUUUCCUGUCGCUAGGCAUCAUCGAGGAAAAUCGGAACGAGUCAUAUGCUUGACGUACACCCGACGUGAAUGUUCGGAAUCGUCGAGUUAGCCUCGCCACCGUAUCCGCCACCAGCAACGCGAAGUCGAGCGCGAUUGAAGGAAACUGAAGUUAGCCGGUGAUUCUCGGAAAUCCAUCGUUUCGCGCGCGCAUACGAAAAUCUCGGGAGUGUCGCGAGUGUUCGCGAAUACACGGCGGUAUUCCGGGAAGUGUGUUACAUGCGUGUGUGACUGCACGAUUGCACCUCUCGGUUUCACGGAGUGACAAGGACAGUCUUCUACGGCGGAUAGAAGAGAAUGCUAACGAGGCUGAAACGGGAUGCAGCGGAUCCAGUGAGCGGCUUGCGGUAGAUUAUCUGGCGCAACACGGUUACACGGUUAACGUCAGAGCGAGCGGACGAUCGUCGUCAACAUGGCGGACGGCGACUUGCUCGUCACUAUUUCGGGUGCGGCGCUUUCGUUGCUAUUCUACGAAAAUGUGCGCAGCGUCGGCGAACAGAUGGGUUUUCUCCUUGGGGAGGCGCUCGAAUUCAUCGUCAAGACCUAUACCGACUCCGACAAUCAAGUGGAGACUAUCAAGAUUCAUAUUAAUGUGGAGACCAUUGUGACAUGCCCUCUGAUUGAUCUUUUGCAUGAUUCCACUGGUCGGAUCAACAAGGAAAAAUUGAAAGAUUUUGUGCGUGACAAAAGUAAGCAGGUGAUUGGUUGGUUUCGCUUUCGCAGAAACAGUAGCUUGAUCCCGACGAUGAGGGACAAGAUACUACAUAAACAAUUUGCCUCGCAUUUCUCUGGUGGAAAUAGCUGCAGGGAAGAUUUCUUUCUUGCUUGUCUCCUGAACGCCUCUACUUCCGAGACACGCGGCACUCACAAGUUUCGACAUGUGUUUUUAAGGCAUAAGCGAGGAUUGUUUGAACCAAUCCCUUUGAGAAUAAAUAACUUGGGUGAUGAUGCAUCUCGACAUGAUGGCUCAGAUUAUAAGCCAACACCUGUUAGAAAAUCUGCACGCGCAUCUGAUGGCUUUAUUGAACUGAUAGAAUCAUUGAAUUUGGACAUGACAAGGAUAAGUGGAUUAGACUCCGCUAUGAUGAUCCAAAAGGCCGCCGAAAGGCACUUGAUGUCACUAGUUCCGAAAGUGUGCGAGUCCGACCUGGAAGUGGCCGAAUUGGAGAGGCAAGUGCGCGAACUGAAAGACAAGAUCGCAGCGCAGCGAUUGAUCGGGAAAACGAAGGUGAACGGUGAGAGUUACGAAAGGACCUCUAAAGCAAGCAGGGAGAAUUGCUUAUCAGAGAAAAUCGAUUCAUCGACGAAAGACGAGGUGAAAAUCGGUGAUGACAUGCGUCUCCAAAGAGAACACUCAUCCUGCGUCCAGCCACUUAGCUCUAAUAGUCGGACACCGUCUCGCAAUACCGCCGCUUGUAUCGUUAAAAGCAUAAACCAAGAGAAAUCUCGUCGCCCGGGACGUGGUCAUCUUCCGCAGGAAGAUAGCAAUCAGCAACAGAAUACGCAGGAUCACUCCUUCGCUAACAGUAGGCGUCCCGUUCCGGAAAUCGUCACUGAGUCUAUUUGCCAAGAAGGUAGCGAAACAAUGGGUAGGGGUAGAGGUAGCAACCGAGUUAACCCCGAAUUCACGCUGGGAAUGAAGAAAGUACGUCGUAGCUCAGGCACAUCUCAGAUGCAUUCCUCCCGGGAAAGAAGCGUCACUCCGGAACAAGAUUUCUCCGACGCCGAGAAUUCUGCUGCCGUACCCCUUAGCUCCUCUAUUGUCAGGUCUUACAACCAGGUAAUAAAAAAACACCAAGUAACAAAUCUGGACAAAUGCAACAAUGCAAUGGCGUCAUUGGACAUUUGAAGAAAAACCAAAUCCUGGAAACCUGGAAACUCAUGCUUUCAGGUUCUGUCAAACUUCAAACAUUAAAAAAUUCAAAUGUUUGAAAGAAUUUGAAAGGAUAGGUAGAAGAAAAAAGAAAUUUUACUGUUAUAAAAAGUGCAGGAAGAAAAGUAAUUUAAAAGUAAAAAAGAAGAUAAAAGAUUUUAAAAGGAUUAAGAAAAAUCUAAAGAAAACUACGCUUGAAUUUCUUGAAAAGAAAAUACAUUUACUUGGUGAUUAGACGCGAUUUUCGUAUCGAUUAUUCUAUUUAUAGGUGCCUUAAAUUUUGUGGAAAAAUUCAGGAAGAUUUAAUUGAAGGUUCGAAGAAAUAUUAACUAUCUAUUUUCUUUCUUAUUUCAUGUUUGUCAUUUGAUUUAUAUUGUUUAUUGUGCCAUUAAAUAUCUGUAUGAAGUUUAAACAUAUAUUACAAAAUGUAUAAGUUUUUUAAUUAAUAUGCACUAAUUAUUAAAGAUAUUUUGUAAAUAAAAGACAAAAUGAUUGUUGUUUCAUUUUGUGUUGUAUAAAUAAAACAAUUGAUAACAA